AUGGGAUACGAGCGCUGUGCGGAAUUCAGUUCGGAAUGCCAGCCUGACAGAGGCUGGAGCUUCGUCGAAGGUUUGGCGAAGCUGAGAUGUCCCUGCUGCGGUGAGCGGCAGAAAGACCAAAACGAGCAGCAGCAUGGCGACGUCUUCGUUCGCUUGGAAGGUGAACAAACCUUUGAGGCAUUUUUUCAGAUCGGUGAGCUGAUUGGGCACGGCACCUUCGGGAAGGUCUACUGCUGCCGGCCCUUCCGAGCAGACGACCUCUGCGUGAAGGUCGUAGCCACGACCGGGCGCCACGCUGCGCGAGCCUCGAAGCUGCCGAAUGAAGAGAAACUCCAGCUUCUCAGGCGCAUUGCUUCAGUGCAGCAUCCGAACAUCGUCCGAUACCACCAAUUUCUUCAAAGCAACGAUUCUUUGUACGUGGUGAUGAGUCGGUGUCUCGGACCGGAUCUGGCGGAGCACUUGGAGGGUGUGGGGCACCUGAAGUUGCAAGACGUCAAGAGCCUCUCCAGGAUGAUGCUUUCGGCCGUUGCAGCCGUUCACCAGCGUGGCAGAGCCCUCGCAAGAGCGCGCGAAAACUUUCGUUUUCGAGAUCAAUUUGCCACGACCUUGCAGGCACACAGUCUGCCGUCUGUGCGCAAGCCAUCAUGUCUAAAUGUCAAGCCAGUGACAUCAUGA